CGAUUUCCCAGUUGUCUCAAACGAAUCCAAAGCUUCUCCCUCACUUCAUUCGUAACUUUAUUUAUUUAUUUUUCUCUUCUCAGCUUCUCUGCAAAGUUUCUCUUUAUCAUGCGUUGUUCGCUUCUUGCUUGCAUUCACUGCUAUUAACCUUCGCCACCUCUUCAGGACCCUCCUCCUCCUCCUCCUCUCUCACUUAUGUCCACUUAUGUCCCUAGUUACUAUCGAUCUUUGCAGCCGCUUGAGCGAUCCGCUGUUUGCCUGAGUAUUUCGGUAUUUUUUGUCUUUCCUUUUUUCCUGAAUCAGCACUACAAGCAAAAAAAUAAAAAAAAGGGUGGCGCCUUUUGAUGUUGCAACCUCCUGCGAGUAAGAUCUCAUAGAUUCUGCUAGAAAGCAGCGAGCGGGGACGGGAGUGGAGGAGGAGAGGGACAAAAGCACUUGAUUUUUAAAAUGAGGUCGGAAACUAGACUAGAUUCGGUGGUCUUCCAGCUUACACCUACUCGUACCAGGUUUGAUUUGGUAAUAAUAUCAAAUAAUAAGAAAGAGAAACUUGCAUCUGGCUUGUUGAGUCCAUUUCUUGCCCAUUUGAAGACCGCCCAGGAUCAGAUUGACAAGGGGGGCUAUUCCAUAAUCCUUGAACCAGACCCACAAGUUGGUGCAGCAUGGUUCACAAAACUAACUGUGGAGAGAUUUGUUCGUUUUGUGAGCCAACCUGAGGUUCUGGAGCGUGUGACUACUAUAGAGUCUGAAAUCUUGCAGAUUGAGAAUGCAAUUGCCAUCCAGGGCAAUGAUAAUUUUGGCUUGAGAACUGUGGCUGAUCAACCGAUUAAACCAGUAGAGUCCACUCGAGGCGUGAAGACUUCAGUUGGUAUUGAUGCAGAAAAGGCAAUAGUUCUAUACAAGCCUGGAUCACAGCCGAAUCUACCAGAAUCAAAUGGAUCCAUCACACAGGAGAACUCCAAAGUUCAACUUCUGAGGGUGCUUGAGACCCGCAAAAUGAUUUUACGGAAAGAACAGGGAAUGGCAUUUGCACGAACUGAAGCAGCUGGCUUUGACAUGGAUAAAUUGGUAGAUUUGAUAUCAUUUGCUGAGAGUUUUGGUGCCUCACGUUUAAAGGAGGCCUGCAUAGGAUUAAGGGAGCUAUGGAAGAAGAAGCAUGAUACUGGACAAUGGUUUGAAGUUGAAGCAGCAGCUGCAAUGUCCAUUCAGCCAGAAUUUUCUACCUUGAAUGCAUCAGGCAUUGUGUUUGCAGCAGAUGCUAUGACACAAAAAGAUUAUGUGGAUCCACGCUCUCUUUCUGGUGGUGAUAUGGUACUCGACAUUGAUGGAAAAUCUGAUAAACACCUUCCUGAAGAUGCACAGGUGCCUGUAGGACACCAGGAACAUUUUCAUGGCCAAUUUCAGCAUCCAACUUAUCCACAAUGGCCUUUGCCACCUCCACCAGGUCAUCCUGGCUUUCAAUCUUAUACCGUGCAGGGAAUGCCUUGCUAUCAAAACUACCCAGGGAACAUCCCAUAUUUCCAUCCUCCCUACCAUUCAGCAGAGGAUUCGAGGUUGAGUAAUUCUCACAGAAAGGGAUCGAAAAGGCAGUCCAUGGAUGAUAAACAUACUGACACUAGGGGAAGGAGCACAAGAUCACACAAUGAUACAGAUCAAAAUACUUCAGAUUCUGACAAGGAUGGUUCUCAUGGCCAUAAAUCUCAUAGAAGAGUUGUUAAGUCAGGAAAUAAAAAGUCUAAUAUAGUUAUCACUGCAAACCUAAAUGAUAUCAGCUCCAAGAAGCAUGGUGUAGGACAAUCUGAAAGCGAAUCACAAUCUACAUCUGAAUCUGAAGCUGAAGAUUUACAAUCUGAUAUGCAAGAAAGCAAGCACAAGCACUUUGCUGAGACUUCCAAGAAAGAAGUUGGUCAAAUUAAAACUGCACAGUAUUCAGAUGCCUAUAGCAAUGACAAAGUUGCAGAUGGAGAGGAGACAGAUUCUGGAAAUUGGCAAGCAUUUCAGAAAUUCUUACUAAGAGCUGAAGAAAAAUCAAGAAGAGUUGAAGAAAGCAUGUUUGCAGGAGGAAAAGAGCCUCCAAGGAGAAACCAGAUCAGGGAUGAAGCUGAUAUGACUUGUCCUACUGAGUGUGGUGAUUCUUGUGACCGCACAAUGAGAUUUGAUUUAGCUAAUGGGAAGGCUACACGAAUGAAACAGGUAGCUUUUGAAGAUCCGUCGUUAGUUUCACAUAAUGGUAGAGUGUCAGUGGAUCACCACUUCAAGGAAAUAGAAAAGAAAGGAGUAUAUAGGCGAAUGAGCAAUGAUGAAUUUCUGGUAAAUGGAAAAGAAAAACAAUUGAAUAGUAUGAGAUAUUCUGGUGCAUACACUGAUCAUGCAUAUGUGCAUAAUGCUAUUACAUUGAAGAACUCUUUAAAUGACAUGCCAGAUGAGUCCUUCGUGCUUCCUCAUAGGUCAGUUUCACGGGAUAUUGGGUCAGACAUCACUGCUAUCCAUAUGGAUUCUGAAUUUUCUUUAUCCUUCAGCAAAGCUCAAGAGUCAUCUAAUAAAAUCAAAAGUCAAAUUAGUUACGAACCAGAAGAUGUCUCCUUGGUUACUGAACGUGGAAGGGAGAUGGUAUCUGUACCGCAUCAUCCGGCAACUGAUUUUGAUAUCCGAAUUCCUGUUCGAAAUUCAGUCAAGUUACAAGUGCCUAACCCAGAGAAUCCCUUAAUUAAUCCGAAAAUAAAGAAAUCGGACAAGGAUAACUUCAAAGCCUCAAAGGACAGUGUGGAAAAAAUGAGAAAAGAUGCACUGUCGAAGAACAGGUCUUCAUCUUCGAGGCUUAAUCCAUUAACUGAAGCACAAAAACGUGCAGAAAAGUUGCGUUCCUACAAAGCUGACCUUCAGAAAGUGAAAAGAGAAAGGGAAGAAGAAGAGAAAAAACGUUUGGAAGCUUUAAAAAGAGAGAGACAAAAGAGAAUAGCUGCAAGAAGCAAUGCUGCUACUACUAAGUUACCUUUGACUGCACAACAGACAAAGGCUCGUUCAUUAACAAAGACCUUGCCAAAUCCUUACAAAAGCUCAAAGUUCAGUGACUCUGAUCCCGUUAAUUCUUCACUUUUGCAUAAAUUUCCUAUAAGAACCUCCUCAACUGGUGCCAUUGUCUCCCAGAAGGCCACUAAACCCAGUAGAUUAAAUGGAAGUAAGCAUGGUAUAACUCGAUCAACGUCAUCAUUGCCCGUGUCAAGAAAACAAGGGUUAAUGGCUGAAGCAAGGGCAGACUCUCUUCGAAUGAAGAGACUCUCAGAUCCAAAAAGCAGUUACAAUCAGCAUCCUUCCUUAGUGAAAGCUAAUCGAUUUCGUAAGCAAAGCUCACCCGAUGAAUCUCAGAAAAAGAUUACUGCCAUUAUGCAACUCGACAAGAGAAAGACAGCAACCCUACCAGAGCUUAAGAUUCAAACACCAAAAACUUCAGAUAGAAUUGGAAAGGAAUCUACCAGCAAAGGGUCAAUGCAAAAGGGGACUGGAAGCAAACCUCCUCAGACUUUCGGAUGUAGCAAGGAGAAAUUGUCCAGUGAUAAUCAACCCAGCAACAGUGAUGAAAAUCUGGUGAUUGAGAAGACUGUGGUAAUGCUUGAAAACAAUGUGGUGACUGCUCUGGUUGCUAGUCAGGGUGGCAAGAUGUUAGACACAAAAGAAAGAUCACAUGGGAAUGAGUCAGAUAGAAGACGCACUAUGAUUCAUCCUCCACCUUCUUCUCUUGUUUCAGCUAAACUUGAGGGUGCAGGAAAAUUGGAUGGGAAGCUGAGUUCCUUUGAGGUUGUUUCUCGCUCUAGAAAUGAACCUCAGAAGUUUUCAAAGUUGACGGAACCAGAAAAAUCUUAUCAAGUCCCGUAUGCUAGAGGAACAUCAUUGGAUGAUCCUGUUGGCACUCAUUUAGGAUAUGAUGGAGGAAAAAAGACUGUGCAAGAGUCUGUAACUAGUUUUGAAAAAUUGACAUUAGGGAAUCAUCUUGAAACAUGCGAGGAGCCUGUUAGCCAGGAAAAAAAGGGUUUCAUAAAGCUGUUAAAAUUUGGUCGAAAGCGACACAACUUAUUGGGUGAAAGCACAGAUGGCUUAGACGUUUCAUCUGUUGAUGAACAAACAGUUGCUACUGGUUCCCCCAAUGCUGGUAAUUUAUUGAAGAACCUCAUUUCUCAAGAUGGUAACCAUACUGGAAGCACACCAAGUAAAGCUUCUCGGUCAUUUUCCUUACUUUCGCCCUUCCGAAGCAAGAGCAGCGACAAGAAACCAGCAGAGCCAUAAGCCGACAGCUCUAAAUUUUACGAAGUGAAGAUAUUAUAGAUGACAAGUGAGAAUAUCAUCUGUUCUUGGUAUAAUAUUUUUGUUUCCUAAUUGUAUAAAGUCUGUUUCGUCAAUCUUUGUUCAUAUACUCAUCUUUAUCUGCCGGUUCGGUUGUAAACUGCAAAGGAACUAUUUGUGAUGUUGGUGAUCAUCAAAUGGUAAUAUCAACUCUAUCUUGAAACAUCCAACCCUUUGUGUUGGUACAAGAACCUUAAUCUUUUCGCAGA